AUGGCUAAUGGGAGCUUAGAGAAUUUGAUACAACAAGGAAACGAAGAGAACGUUGAUCAUAAACAUGAACAUGGAAAGCCAAUACAUUUGGGAUUGAUGCAAAGGAUAGACAUUGCCAUUGACACAGCUUCCGCAAUCAAAUAUCUUCAUAGGGAUUGCAGCCUGAAGAUUGUACACGGAGAUCUGAAGCCGAGUAACGUCCUUCUAAACAAUGAGAUGAUGGGACGAGUUGGGGAUUUCGGCCUAGCAACGAUUAGCUUUGUCAUGACAACAGAGGCCAUGGACAUUGACGACCAUAGCAGCUCAGUGGCAGUGAGGGGUUCCGUAGGCUAUGUCCCUCUAGAGUAUGGCAUGGGGGGCAUGGUAUCCACACAAGGCGAUGUGUAUAGCUAUGGUAUUGUUUUAUUGGAAAUGUUAAUUAGGAGGAGACCCACAGAAGAGGCUUUCAAGGACCAUUUAAAUCUCCACAACUUUGUCAAGGUGGCUUUGCCAGAUCGAGUAAUGGAGAUUGUGGACUCGGCCAUUUUUAAUGGAGAAAGUGAGAAUGAUGUUGAGAGGAUGAGAGAUUGUGUUGCCUCUGUCUUAAGGAUUGGAGUUGCGUGUUCGAUAGAGUCACCGCUAGAUCGGAUGGACGUGGCCGAAGCCCUCAAGGAAUUGCAUAAGAUUCGGGCUAGGUAUGGAUCCAAGUAG